AUGCUGGACUGCGCCAGCGAUGUCAUGGAUAAAGCCAACAACCUCAUCGAGGAAGCGCGGAAAGCAGUGGCCAAGCCCGGUGACCCGGAGGGCGUGGCAGCCAGCACCCCCGACGCGCAGGCACAGAGCGCCAUGCUGGACUGCGCCAGCGAUGUCAUGGAUAAAGCCAACAACCUCAUCGAGGAAGCGCGGAAAGCAGUGGCCAAGCCCGGUGACCCGGAGAGCCAGCAGCGCCUGGCCCAGUUCCCUCCCAGCACCAAGAGCUUCCAGGAGGCGCAGAGCCAGCUGAACCGGGCGGCUGCAGGGCUCAACCAGUCUGCCAACGAGCUGGUGCAGGCAUCGCGUGGCACCCCGCAGGACCUCGCCAAGUCCUCCGGCAAAUUUGGGCAAGACUUCAAUGAGUUCCUUCAAGCAGGAGUGGAGAUGGCCAGCCAGUCCCCGAAUAAGGAAGACCAGGCACAGGUGGUGUCAAACUUGAAGAGCAUCUCCAUGUCCUCCAGCAAGCUACUGCUGGCUGCAAAAGCACUCUCCGCUGACCCCACAGCUCCCAACCUCAAGAACCAGCUGGCGGCAGCAGCACGGGCCGUGACCGACAGCAUUAACCAGCUGAUCACCAUGUGCACCCAGCAGGCACCAGGCCAGAAGGAGUGCGACAACGCCCUGCGGGAGCUGGAGACAGUGAAGGAGCUGUUGGAGAACCCCACUCAGACCGUCAAUGACAUGUCCUACUUCAACUGCCUUGACAGUGUCAUGGAGAACUCCAAGGUGCUGGGCGAGUCCAUGGCUGGCAUCUCCCAGAAUGCCAAGAACAGCAAACUGCCCGAAUUUGGUGACUCCAUCAGUGCCGCCUCCAAAGCUCUCUGUGGGUUGACAGAGGCAGCUGCCCAGGCUGCCUACCUCGUGGGAGUCUCGGACCCCAACAGUCAGGCUGGACAGCAGGGCUUGGUGGACCCCACUCAGUUUGCCAGAGCUAACCAAGCCAUCCAGAUGGCCUGCCAGAACCUGGUGGACCCUGCCUGCACCCAGUCCCAGGUGCUGUCAGCAGCCACCAUCGUCGCGAAGCACACUUCAGCCCUGUGCAACACGUGCCGCCUGGCCUCCUCUCGCACUGCCAACCCUGUGGCCAAGCGCCAGUUCGUCCAGUCUGCCAAGGAGGUGGCCAACAGCACGGCCAACCUGGUGAAGACCAUCAAGGCCCUGGACGGCGAGUUCAACGAGGAGAACCGGGAGCGGUGCCGUGCUGCCACCGCACCUCUCAUAGAGGCUGUGGAUAACCUGACAGCCUUUGCCUCCAACCCAGAGUUUGCCACCGUUCCUGCCCAGAUCAGCCCAGAGGGGCGCAGAGCCAUGGAGCCCAUCAUCUCUUCAGCCAAGACCAUGCUGGAGAGCUCUGCUGGCCUCAUCCAAACCGCCCGCUCUCUGGCUGUCAACCCCAAGGACCCGCCACAGUGGUCGGUGCUGGCUGGCCACUCUCGCACUGUCUCGGACUCCAUCAAGAAGCUGAUCACCAACAUGAGGGACAAAGCUCCAGGACAACGGGAGUGUGACGAAGCCAUUGAGGUGCUGAACAGAUGCAUGCGGGAGGUGGACCAGGCCUCCCUUGCUGCCAUCAGCCAGCAGCUGGCCCCCCGAGAAGGCAUCUCCCAGGAGGCUUUGCACAACCAGAUGAUCACAGCUGUCCAGGAGAUCAGCAACCUGAUCGAGCCCGUGGCCAGCGCAGCACGGGCUGAGGCCUCACAGCUGGGGCACAAGGUGUCCCAGAUGGCUCAGUACUUUGAGCCGCUGAUUAUGGCGGCUAUCGGCGCUGCCUCCAAAACACCCAACCACCAGCAGCAGAUGAACCUUCUGGACCAGACCAAAACGCUGGCUGAGUCAGCUCUGCAGAUGCUGUACACAGCCAAGGAGGCUGGUGGGAACCCCAAGCAAGCUGCCCACACCCAGGAGGCUCUCGAGGAGGCUGUGCAGAUGAUGAAGGAAGCAGUAGAGGACCUGACCACCACCCUGAACGAAGCAGCCAGCGCUGCCGGUGUUGUUGGGGGCAUGGUGGACUCCAUCACCCAAGCCAUCAACCAGCUGGAUGAGGGGCCGAUGGGUGAGCCUGAGGGCACCUUUGUGGACUACCAGACCACGAUGGUGAAGACAGCCAAAGCCAUCGCUGUGACUGUGCAGGAGAUGGUCACCAAAUCCACCACCAACCCAGACGAGCUGGGCACACUGGCCAACCAGCUCACAAACGAGUAUGGGCAGCUGGCACAAGAGGCCAAGCCGGCUGCGCUCACUGCUGAGAACGAGGAGAUCGGCUCCCACAUCAAGCGCCGGGUGCAGGAGCUGGGUCAUGGCUGCGCCGCCCUGGUCACCAAAGCUGGAGCCCUGCAGUGCAGCCCUAGCGAUGCCUACACCAAGAAGGAGCUGAUAGAGAGCGCACGCAAGGUUUCUGAGAAG